GCCUGUCUCUGGUAGGUGGAGUGGGUGAAGGAAGAGCAAGAGGAAAGAUACAGGAAAGAAUAGAUGGGCAAGAUGUCUGCAGGCUCAGGUUCAAGCAUAAAUCAUCCAAAGUCAGCUGCAGUUAAAUCAAAAAGGAAAAGAAAAAAGGUGAUUCGCGAUAAAAAUAAGAAAAAAAAAUUGAGCGUCGAUCCGCUUACAACAACUCACAUCUUAAGGAAAACGAGGACGAAUCCCAAAGCAAAUAUUACACUGUCAGGAAAGAAACGUAGACUACUUUUGAAGCAGCUAAAAAGAAUUGAACAGGAGAAAAAGAAAAUGGACAUUGAAGGCAAUGAUAAUCAAUCAUCAAAAGUUACUCUAAAAGACGAGGAAACAAACAACUUGGAUGAUGAAAUGGACAUGUCCUGAUAGGGUUAUGAUACAUUGAUACCACAAGAAAGGUGUUCUUGUAAAGCAAAAAGCGAGAGUCAUCAAGGGUUUAAAUAUGAAAUUUUUAAUCCA